UCUCAAAUCAAAGACAACAAACAACGUUUCCUAUUAUCUCUCUUUCGCCGAGGGAGGCAACAUUCCCUUAUUCCCUCCCUCUCUUCCCCCUUUUCAAAUCUUAAAUCUUAAUUCAUCAUCACAAAACCAAACCUCUUUUAUUUCAUUGCUUCUUUCUACUUUACGCAAAGCAAUAUUUAAUUUCAAAUAUUAAAACACUAAUAAUGAUAGAAAAUUCAGCAAUGUCUCUAUAGAAAUAUAUAUUAUUGAAGAGGGUUUUCACUUUUGAAGGAAUUACGUAAAUAUAUUAUUGUUUUGAUCAUCAUUGUUGUAUACAGAGGGAGAUUAUUGGUGGUGGGUUUUAACGUAGAAUGAGAACAGGUAAGUGGGCAAAGAGUAUGGGAAGAAUUUCAAGGAUUGGGAGUUUUGCAAUUGCUUCUUCCUUAAAGGAUAAUAAUCAGCCACAACCUUGCAUUACUUGUACCACUUUUAACAUUCUUGCUCCCAUUUACAAGCGCAUCGAUGAUGAGGACCCUAGUUGCCGAGAGAGCGAUUACAGAGCAUAUUGGUUGGCAAGGAAUCAUAGGAUAUUGGAUUGGCUUUUGAAUGAAAGGUCUUCUAUUAUUUGUCUUCAGGAGUUUUGGAUUGGAAAUGAAGAACUUGUUAAUUUGUAUGAGAAGAGACUUGGUGAUGCUGGUUAUGUUAGUUUCAAGCUUGGAAGGACUAACAACCGUGGAGAUGGUCUUCUAAUUGCAGUGCAAAAGGAAUACUUUAAUAUUCUUAAUUAUAAGGAGUUGCACUUCAAUGACUGUGGUGAUCGUGUAGCUCAGUUGUUACAUGUUGAACUAGCUUUUCCAUUUUCACAAUGGCGAAACAGUGAAAUUAGGCAGGAAAUUCUGAUUGUUAACACUCACCUGCUAUUUCCUCACGAUGCAACCCUAUCUCUUGUACGACUGAAACAGGUCUAUAAGAUACUUCAAUAUGUAGAAUCUUAUCAAAAUGAUUUCCAACUCAAGCCAAUGCCAAUCAUGCUAUGCGGUGAUUGGAAUGGAAGCAAACGGGGCCAUGUUUACAAGUUCCUCCGGUCUCAGGGUUUUGUAUCGUCUUAUGAUACCGCACACCAGUACACCGAUGCAGAUGCUGACAAGUGGGUUAGUCACCGCAACCAUCGGGGAAAUAUAUGCGCUGUUGAUUUUAUUUGGCUUCUAAAUCCUGACAAAUAUCGAAAAUUACUAAAAGCAAGUUGGAGCGAAGCAGUGUUUGGCAUGUUUAAGUAUCUAUUGCGGAGAGCUUCACUGACAGAAAGUGAUGCAUUCGCCUUUCUAAAGGUUGAUAAUGAAGAUUGUAUUACUUAUUCUGGUUUCUGUGAAGCACUUCGACAGCUCAAUUUAAUUGGUCAUUGCCAUGGGUUGAGUGAGGCAGAGAUAAAGGAGUUGUGGGUCCAAGCUGACAUAGACGGAAACGGUGUUCUUGAUUAUAAAGAAUUUCUGCAGCAGGUCUGGAAUUCAACGGUUUUAGAUCAAAGAGACGACAACAAGGAUAGGGAGCAGGACGACGGUUUGAAUGAUGCUCAAGAACAAACAAUUGGUUUCAGUGUAAAAAAUGCAGUUUUGUUCCCUCCUGAGGUGGAGAAGGGUAGAUGGCCCGAAGACUACUCUCUUUCUGAUCACGCACGACUGACUGUUGUGUUCUCGCCGAUAAGAAUGCCGUGCUCUCAGAUGAUUUGCUGACACAGUGCUUUUUGGUGCUCUAGCUUAGGAGUUAAUUAGAAUUAAAACUUGUGUACAUAGAGAUCACAUCAUAUGAAGGGGCAAAACGGGUUAGGAAAGAUACAAUACAAGUUCUUUUCUGGGGAGAUUUUAAAUAUCGCUACGUUUUGAUCACUGCAUUUUGUUGCUGAUGGCAGUUGCGGUGAGCAACACCCUUGGCCCGGUUUGUUUUCCUCAAAUUUUCUUGUCUGGUCUAAAGAUUAGACAAAAGGAAACAACAUAAAAUUAUUGAUUUGUAUAGUUGUUUUUAUUGUUAUAGGUUUCUUAGGCAUCAAACCUUUUUGUAGCAUGGUAAGGAUGCACCUCUAGCUAGAGCUUCUUUGAAUAGAUGACCACAUUGUAUCUUGUAACAUAUUUUGCUCUUUGAUAGAUUCAAAUUGUAUAUAUAAUGCUGAAUUAAAUAGUUUCUCUUAGAUAUUGCUAUCAGCAAUGAAA